AUGACUAUUGGAUGGAUUCUUAUUCUGCCGCUAGUGGUUGGCACAACACGCUGUCACCUGGGCUUGAAUGGACAGGCUGAGGAUGUGGCAUUGCUAUGUGGGUCUGCGGGAGAAUGCCUAGCCUUGGCAGCUCAAGAAGCGCGAAAGGGUCUCCGAUGCAAAGAAGUUCUCAUCAAGGAUGUGCGCCAUCUAGUUGCUGCAGCAUACAUCUCUACGCCGUCGACGCUAGUUUCUGGCAUCGAAGAGGAGCCAUUGUUGCCCCUCCGGAACAAGCGCUUCCUGCCAAGCUUUCUGGCAACUUUACCAGCUGCUGCCACAGCUUCUUUGUUGCAAGAAACGCCCCUGGUGGCUCCAGCGACCCGAGCAGCCGGAUCCGAAGAUGAGGAGGGCCCAGAGCCCAUCUUCCUCACCUACGGUUGUGAGCUGUGUGAGAUCAUGGCCGACGAUGCCGAGAUGUGGCUUCGACAACUGAACCAGACCUAUAGCCAGCCAGGGCCAGCAAGUGGAGAUCCCUUCCUGAAAGAGUUGCGCCUUCCAGGAAAGCAGCAGACCACUUCAGCGAUGCGAAUUUUUCCUCCUUUGCUUUACAAGCUGGAAUUUCUGCAAGGCAAGUUCGGAGUCUUAGUUGCAGAUCUCGAAGCGUGGUACCUUUCGAUGCUUCUUUCUUUAGGUGUGAAGGACAAAACCCACACGGUUCACAUGCGAAACCGCUGGUUGGGCAUCAACCGAAACUCCCAGAUGGAAGUGCAUUUGGCGACAGUUCGGUCAGCUAUACCACACCGAGCGGAUUGGAUUUUCAUUCCACCGACGGUGCUGGACGGUGUUGGUCUUGAUGCGUCGACAGGUCAAUGGGACUUGCAUGCAGACUUGCAGUUGAUGGACACCAUAAGUGGGGCGCUUGCAACUGGCGGCCAUAUUAUUUUGAGCAUCAUGGUUGGGGAGGACUGUUUCAUCAUGCGAGACGACAAAGCCUUCAGAGUCUACGGACCCAACUUGCUGCAGCAACUCUUGGAGAAGUGGGAGACAAAGGUGCGAAUGGAACACCCUGCAAACUUGAGAGUGUCCUAUGGACCUUGUCGAUCUCGUCCAGCUGUACUCGUGCUGCGGAGCAAAUGGGACAGACACCCAGCAUCCCUCCUGACAGUGAGACGUAUUGAUAUCAUGCCCAAGCUGAUCUAUGCUGUCCACCGUCGUCAGAUUGGGCUGAAACGUGAGCGUUCCUUGACACUUGAGAAGGAAUGCAUGACAUCAUGCUUAGCUUGA